AAUGGUGGCGACAGGCGCGAUUCCAUCACCGAAGAGAUUACGAUUACAAGCACCACAAACGGCACACUGAGCACCAAACUUCUAACCAUACAGGAAGCUACCGGUAGCUUAGAGACAACAGCAGCGUCCAUAUCGUUGUCCUCCAAACAGAACGCUUCCACAGUUCCAGCCACAGCCGGUGGAUCUCCUCCUCGUGCCGCUAGUCUCUCCACGCAGCGAAAUGAAUCCUCGGGCAGCAACCAUAGCUUAACCCAGGCCACCUCUUCCACUAGUCCUCCCACUUCCAGUACAGCUGCCCAGGGAGUCACGCCCAGCAUUAAUAUAGUGGGCAGCGAAUCGAGUCGAGAUCAGAAGGAACAGAGCAUCGAUUCCAACGGAUUUACCGCCCCCGGUGGCUCCUGCACGGACAGUCCCAGCAGCCGGAAGAGUUCCACCAGCUCCAAGGGCAAGGGCGCCAGUCAAGCGAAGUUAUCCACAUCCAGCAACGGACGCGACGAGCAGGACACCACCCAGCACCGUCUGAGCGAUCUGACACCGCACGAACUGAGUCUGCUGCGCGUCGAUAGGGAGCAGCAGGUGACCAGCAGCAGUUCCACAUCCAACGAGAAGCCAGCCAAGCCCUCGCGUCUAUCGGAGCGGGCCAAAAAGAAGUCCUGGUACAACGUCAUCUAUCCCAAUUAUAAAUCCCGGGCCGAGGAUUUCAAGAAGCUCUUCAAGGACGUGCCCAACGAUGAGCGUCUGAUUGUGGAUUACUCGUGUGCCCUGCAGCGUGACAUCCUGGUUCAGGGUCGUCUGUACGUUUCACAGAACUACGUUUGCUUCCAUGCCAACAUCUUCAGCUGGGAGACCUACGUGAGCAUCAAGUGGAAGGAUGUGACGGCCAUUACCAAGGAGAAGACAGCCUUGGUCAUACCCAAUGCCAUUUCAAUAGCCAGCGGCAAGGAUAAAUACUUCUUUGCCACAUUUACCUCACGUGACAAGAGUUUCUUGAUGCUCUUUCGCGUCUGGCAGAACACGCUGAUGAACAAGCAGUUCUCGCCGCAGGAGAUUUGGAAAUAUGUGCACAACUGUUACGGCGAGGAGCUGGGCCUGACCACCGACGACGAGGACUACAUCGAUCCCACGCUGGAUAACGACAACGAGACGGAUUUCGACUUCCAGACGGCCAUCGAUGACGAUAGCCAGUCGCAGCGCCAGUCGCAGCAGUCAAAUCAGUCCAAUCAGUCGAAUCCCCAGCUGCCACAGAGCGGCAACAGUAGCGCCAGCAGCGGCGGUGGAGCCGUCAGAGCCAGUGCUCCGCGAAAGUCCAAGACGAAAUACUUCUUCAUCUCCAAAUCCUCGGCCAACGCCUCGGCCAGCGGUUCCGAUAACAACAAGACCAGGGAAAGCUCACGCAAGCUGAAUAAGAAGAUGAAGCAAAACGCCAAGGAGCUGACUCUCAGCUCCGUCAAGCCCGCUGAGCAGUCGGUGAGCGUCACCAUGGCACCGGUGACCAGUGCCAGUAGCAGCAGCACUGCCGGCUCCACCACAGCCUCCACCACCACCAUCGCCAACCACACCGCGGGCUCUGGCUCUGGAUCGGUUUCGGGAUCGGGCACAGCUGCUGCCAGCAGCAGUGGUAGCGAUAAGAAGAGUGCGGAGAAAAAGGUCAGCACGAGCUCAAACUCAUCCGCAAUAGCAGCUGCUACAGCCGCAACAUCCGCUGCCACAUCCGUUUCCGGCGCCACGGCAAUGGAAUCGACGGCAAUGGAAUCGAAGCUGGAAUCAAACGUAAGCCAUAAAAGUGGCAAAAAUAUUGACGAGACUGUUCCCACGGAUGUCUCUGAUUCGUCCGACUCUGAGGAGAAUAAUGUGCCAUUUGUGCCCAGCACAGAGUGCACCUCGACGCACGAAGGCCGCCAGAUCGUCCACACCAUUCUGCCCAUUAGCGUGGACACACUGUUCAAUUUGCUAUUUAGCAAGUCCAAAUUUAUCACUGACUUCCAUGCCAUGCGCAAGUCAACGGACCUCAUCAUGGGCGAAUUCAAGAACGACGAGGGUCUCAAUGUGCGCACAGUGAACGUCACAGUUCAAUUGGCCGCCUCUGUGGGACCCAAGACCUCAAAGGUGACCGAAUAUCAAACAAUGCGGGAGUGUAGCAAGCCGGGCGAACUGUAUUCCAUAGACGUAAAUAGUGUUAAUGCAGGCAUUCCAUAUGCGGACAGUUUCAGUGUGCUCAUACACUUCUGCCUGGCCAGAACUGUUGAUGAUCACACGAUGCUAUCGAUUCACACUCAGAUCAAGUACAAGAAAUCAAUUUGGGGCGUCGUCAAGGGUUUCAUCGAGAAGAACACGUGGGCAGGUCUGGAGGACUUCUUCGGUGCCCAAUUGCAUGCACUCCAGAGCGAGACUUGCAUUCCGCCUGCCAAGGGCAAGGGACGUAGGCCGCGAAGAGGUACCGCCACACAAAUCCGACCCCUGGAGGAGGCAAGCGGCACGACCCAAGCCGGCAGCAUGGCUGGCCAUUCCGGUGGCGACUCCCUGGAGACCCAAUUGCUGUCUGCGGGAGGUGUCCCUGGGGCGGCAGUCGGCGCCGCCUCCAGUCAUCCGCUGCUGCUCGAAGGCGGCAAGCUGCAGCAGCAGCAGUUGCACCAUCAUCACCAUCACCUGCAGCAGCAUCAGCAGCAGCACCACCAACAGCAGCAGCAGUUGCACUUGGGAGGCGGCGCUGGCGAUGGCCAGCAGCUGGCGAUGGGUCCAGGCCCUAAGCACGGACACAGCAGACUCAAACAAGGGCUUGUCGUUGUGGUUAUACUGUUGCUGUGCUUGAUGCUGGCAUUAAAUGUGAUAUUAUUACUUAAGCUCUGGAAGCUGGAGGAACGGAUUGAUGUGGAUCUCAGUCGGCGGGCGCGAUUGCCCAGUUUGGCAGCCUCAAAGUGA